AUGUCGUCCGCACGAUCUUAUCGACGCCCUGGCCAUACCUCGUCCGGGGCAACAACAUCCCGAUCCGCUUCUGCCAGUGAAGACGAGUCGCAUUACUACAACGAAACUGAAGGCAUCAGCUCCGACUCGGCUGAAAACGAGGAUUACACCACAUCGGAGGAGGGGGAUAUUGGCCCAGACGAUUCGGCCUCCGUCAGUCCUGCUCCUAGAUACGCAGGCCGUCCGGCGCCACCCCAGCGUGCCGUCCGUCAACACCAACUCCCUCACCGUCCCGCCCUCGCUCAAACCCAGUUCCCGUAUCGGCCCGGUCCAGUGCCGAACCAUCUUGACAGCGUGGAUCCCUCAGAAGAUUACGGGCCGUCCCCAUUCGCCCCUCGUGGCGGAUAUGCCCACAGGCCUCCCGGUCACGGGGGUCAACCGGCACACGGGGGACAUUCCGGCCAUAGCCCCUACUACGGCGGCCGUGGCGGUCAUCCGCAAGCCGGCUAUCCUCAUAGUCACGUUGGCGGCUUCACCCCUAGCCCCUAUGGACAUCCCGCCAACCAGAUGGUCCCUUUCGGAUACAACAACGCAUUCUCGCCAAUGUCGCACGCAAAUGGGCAGAGCUAUUUCCACGACCCCCGCCAAGCCCAGUAUGACAUGAUGCCGUAUCAGCAACAGCAACCGCCGGCCCUCUACAACCAGCAAAGCUACGGACAGAUGCAUCAGUGGGGUAUGUUUCCUCCACCCCCACCUACAGAAGCCCCUGGCCCUUCCAAGACUCCUGCGAAUGAGCCACCCCCACCGCCAAAGGAGGAUCCCGAGAAGAUCAAGCUCCAGCAACAGAUCGAACUCUUCAAGAAGGAACAAGCUCUGAAGGAAGAGGAGCAAAAGCGCAAAGAGCUGGAAGAGAAACUUCGGAAGGAGGCAGAGGAAGCCAUCACCCGCAGGAUGGAGGAUAUGAAGCGAGCACAAGAGUUGGCGCAGAAGGAGAUUGAGAAGGCCAAGCAAGAGGCUGAAAAGGCGGCCAGAGAGAGGAUGGAGACCGAACGCAAAGAGGAGGAGCAAAGACAGAAACUCCACCAGGAAGCGAUGGCCCGCGUCGAACGCGAGGCUCGAGAGAGGCUAGAGCGCGAACAUAAGGCCGAGGCCGAACGGAAGAAGGUUGAAGAGGAGGCCCGCCUCAAGGCCGAAGCUGACGCGAGGCAAAAGAUAAAAGAGGCUCUUCAAGCCGAGGCCGAUGCCAGGGCCAAGGAAGCGAAAGAGGCCGAAGCCAAGCGAAAGUGGGAGGAGGAGAUGAAGAAGAAGGCCGAAGAAGACGCCCGCGCCAAGAUGGAAGCCGAGAAAAAGGCUGCUGCCGAAGCUGCCGCUGCCCAGGCAAAGCUCGAGGCAGACCUCAAGGCCAAAGCCGAAGCCGACUACAUCGCCAAGGUCGAGGCCGCGAAGAAGGCCGCCGAGGAAGCUGCGGCAGCGGAGAAAAAGGCCGCCGAGGAGGCCAAGCUGAGGGCCGAGGCUGCAUUUGCGGCUGCGCAGAAGGCAGCGGCGGAUGCCGCAGCCGCGAAGAAGAAGGAGGAGGAGGAAAUGAAGGCACGGGCAGAGUUUGACGCUCGCGCCAAAUUGGAGGCCGAGAAAAAGACUGCAGAAGCCACUGCCGCUGCCGAAGCCGCCGCCAAGAAGGAGGCCGAGGAGCUUAAGGCUAAGAUCACCGAGGAGGCCAAGUACGAAGCCAACAAGAACAAGGGAAAAGACAAGGCUCCAAUCAAGUUCAAGGACGCCGUGGGUAGGAAGUUUAGCUUUCCCUUCCAUCUGUGCUCGACCUGGACAGGCAUGGAAGAGCUUAUCAAGCAAGCCUUCGUCCACGUGGAAAUGAUCGGACCCCACGUCCAAGAGGGACACUACGACCUGAUUGGGCCCAAUGGGGACAUCAUUCUGCCCCAAGUCUGGGACAAGGUGGUUGAGCCGGACUGGACGAUCGAGAUGCGCAUGUGGCCCAUGGACAAGCCUCCUCCACCAAGCAUGCGUCCCGGCAUGCCGAUAGACCCCAGACAUGCGGAGAGAAUGGCGCAUUUCCAGGCCAUGCGCGGUGGUCAUUCACGGAUGGGUAGCUUUCCUCCAGGAAUGGCGCCUCCGGGCGGUGGUCGCCCUGGCGGCGGGGGCGCCAUGCACCCGCCUCCUCCUCCGAACUGGCAUGGCCCACGUCCUGGACCUCCGGGUGGUCAUGGUGCACCCGACAUCGUUACUGUUGAACCGACACAGAAACCGCACAGACACAAGUCCAAAUCCCAGGGCACGAUGCUCAGCUGGAUGGCCGGUGGUGGAAAGGCCCCCAAGAAAAAGAGCAAGAAAUGA